AUGGACUGUUCGGCUCUGGAGCUCGAUGCUGUCAAGUUUGCAAAGACAGCUGUCACCUGUGAUCAGAGUGGCAAAUACAACGAGGCUGUCUUCUAUUAUAAGGUACUUUGAUUUAUUUAUUUACAUUCUAACUUAACAGUUAUUUUAAAAAACUGCUUCUGUUUAUUUGACCUGAAAGUGAACAAACAUUUAUAAACAGGAGGUUUGUCUCAGACUGAAACUAAGAAUAGGGGAGAGUGGGGUAAGUUGAGCCACCCCCUUUUGUUUAGAAAUGUUAAAAGAAAUUGAUCAUGUGACCAAAUAUUUAGGAGAUGGUUUGCAGGGAUGAACAACAUCCUGAAAUAUCUGCAGAUACAUGAGUUAGAGACUAAACUAGGAUUGACUCGAUGGACUGAUCUGAAAUAUAAAAACUGGCUCAUCUUACCCCACUCUCCCCUAUAUCAAAGUGUGGACUGAGAACUAUUUACUGUUUGGUAAAUCACAGCAGUAUAAUGUCUUUAAAAUGGGGUUAAAUAUAGUUUAGUCUGUCUAUAAUCUCUGUGUUUUAAUGGGAUUAUUCUCAACAGGAGGCGGCCCAGGCUCUCAUAUAUGCCGGCAUGGCGGGGUCCAAACUGGAGGGGAUCCAGGACAAAGUGAAUGAGUAUCUGGAUCGGGUCCAAGCUCUACACAACGCUGGUGAGCCCCCCUGAUCAGGGACACAGGGGAUCCCCUGUUUAUUCUGCUUUUCUUACUUUCACUGACACUUUCAUCACUUUAACAUCUGUCUACUACCGUCUGGUAGAAAGUACAGGAGUCUGCCAGCACACACUAAAAGACUAAAGAACAGUUACUGCCCACAUGCACUAUACUCCUGACAGUACCACCGGACAAUACUCUGUACAAUAACCCACUUAACUGUGCAAUAUUAUCUGUGACCGUUAAUCUUCAUACCUCAUUUAUCCCACCGACUUAUCCUCCAUUUCAUACAUUCACACUCAGCACCUACAGCACCGCUUGUGCACUUUGUAAAUAUUUCUCUCAUACUUUUAUUCGUCUUUAAUAUUUUUUGUAUCCUUAUUUUAUUGUUUUCCUCUCAGUACUUAUUGUGUGUUUAUUUAUCUGUACUCCUCUGAGUCGAGCGCUCCUCUCAUCCAGGAUAUUUCAUCGCAUUGUUGACCUUGUUUAACAUGAACAUGACAAACAAACAAAUCCUGAAUCUUGAAUCAAUGAUCAGAAACCAGCAGCUCAGUCUGAUUUGAGUGAACUCUCCCUUUAAUUAUAUGUUAUUUUAUCUUUAGUACAAGGUAUAAAAUCAAAAUCUCACAGUAGGCAAUUCAAACAUGAGAGAAAUACCAAUGCGGAGAUCAGACAAACAUAUUAAAGCGAACAUUUAAAAAUCAUUAAAGUGAAGCACAAAAGGAUGAUGGGUACGGAUGAGAAGAUGGUCUCUCCUCACUUCCCUCUGCUUCGCUUCACCACAUCUGAAACAAAAGAACGUUAAACGUCUGGAAACCCUUUAAAUUCAUCCCACCACAGAUCAACGACAGAGUUAAAACUCUUCUGCUCUCACUUUACAGUCAAACUAAACAUCCAUGGGUGAUGCUUUUUUAACUUAGGUACAGAUUUGUCACAUUUGAGCUGAAGCCACACUUACAUGUUUGAAGCCUGAACUAGUUACAUGAUAAUCACAUGUUUAUAGAUAAUCAUCAACUUUUAUUGAACUCGGACAUCGUUGAAUUCAAUCAAUAAAAACACUGAGACUUUCCUGUUUGACAGAUCAAACUGAGCACAUCAUUUACGACAUUAUGACAGAGACGUUCUUUCAGUUUCACUUUAAGUUUUAGGAAAUCUUUCUUUAGGGUCACUUUGUUUUUCCAGGUGAGACAGAAAACAUAUUUACAGCCUCAAAAACAAAUAUUUAACAAACGAGUUUUUACAGAAGAGCGUCUGUCUCCUGUAACGGGGUCUCACUUCAGUUUCAGUCAGUUUGAUUUAGUUUAAUCCUGUUCAGUCCUCUUCAUCUUCUAUAACAUGAACUCAUUUUAUUAAAGUGUUGAAACUGCACAGACGUAGAUGUUGACAUUGUGUGUUGAUUUGCAUGCUUGAAAAACAAACAGCUUUACAUUCACUGUAAACACAGACGUGUUAACGGUGUUUUUAGGCGUCUGAACCUGAAAAGGUCUCAGAGUUUUUUUUGUCAUUAUAAACUUUAUAAAUCUCUGUCUGGUGUUAUUAUUACUCAUCCCUCCCAGCUCUUUGCCUAAAGUAAGCUCAUGUUUCACUGAAGUUAAACACUUUAAAUAAGUUAUAAAUCAGAAGUGAUUCAGGGCUGGAAGUGAAAGAGCCCCGAGGACAGACUUUCUUACUCUCUGUGUUUGCUGUCUGACGGCUUUUUUCCGUGACUCUGCUCACUGUGUGUGUGUGUGUGUGUGUGUGUGUGUGUGUGUGUGUGUGUGUGUGUGUGUGUGUGUGUGUGAACACCAGGGUGUGACCACAGAGGCUGUGGGAGUGUCAGUGGAGGACAAAUUUAGGACUCUGUGCAGUUAUUUCCUGAUACUUUCUAUGAAUUUAAUGUAAAUGUUUAAUUUUAGAUUUUGAUGCAGAGUGAAACCAGAAUUAGGAUCCAAGCAGACAUCAGAUAAAUGACGCUGCGGUAGAUCUCCAAACAAAAACAGCUCAAAGCAACAAAAAAAAAGUGUGUUCAGUGAGAAACGUUUUAAUAUCGUACAGAUUAAAGGUUUCUUUUUCCUCUUGGUCAUGUUUGUAAUCACUGAUCAUAAAAAUAAUGAUAUAAAACUCAUCAUUUAUGUCUCUGAUGGUCAAAAACUCCCCACAGGAGCUUUAAUAAAACUGCCUCUGUGGAAAUAAAAACAUUUUCUGUGAUUCUCUGCGAACUAACUGAGUUUUGUAUUCGGACCAUUUCAGUCCAGGGUCAGAGGAUCGACCCGCUCAAGUCCAGGCAGCAGGUGGACCUGGAGCGAGCCCACUUCCUGGUCACUCAGGCCUUCGAGGAGGAUGAGAAGGGAAAUGACGAUGAAGCCGUUGAACUGUACACACAGGCGGUGGAGCUGUGCAUCAAGACGGUAGGUCUCAGUCUUCUCAGAAAAACCCUCUCAGACCCUGACCGGGUCUAACGCUCCUUCACUGACUCUUCUCUCUUCCUCUCGUCUGUGACAGUCCAACGACACUUCAGACCAGGCGCUGCAGACCAAACUGAAGCAGCUGGCACGUCAGGCCUUAGACAGGCGAGUGUUUCCUCUCUGACAUGAACUGAUUCACUCUGUUUACAUCUGUUUAAAAAUGGAUCUGAGGUUUUUGUUGAAGUUCGUUUCUGUUCUUUAAUCAUUUCUUGUAUUUGACCCCAUCAGAGCGGAGGGUCUUAAAGAAUCUCAGUCCAAACCGGCUCAGUCUCAGGACAGGACUAAGCCCAGCAGCAGUGCCAGUUCUGGAGCGCCGGUCCGGCAGUUUUUCCCCCUCGGGCCCGACUUCAGCCUCAACGACCGACCGCAGCCUCAGCCGGUCCGAGCCGUCCAGUCCAGCGAACCCCACGGUCAGCGCUACACGUCUGAAGAGAUCGAGGUGCUCAGGUGAGAAACUUCCGGACUAAAUCGAUCAGAAUUUAAGUCACAAUUUAAAACAAUAAAACUUCAAAUUUACAUUAAAAAAAUCUCAAUCUCUUAAAAAGAUUAUUUUAGUCAGUUCCACAUGAAUAAAAGAGUUCCUCAUUUAAAAGAAAACUCUAGAAUAGUUUCUGUGUUCAUAAUAAAAGAGAUAAAUCUGAUUUAAAAAUCAGAAAUCAAAUGUUCUGACUGUCUAAUCCUGUUUUUCCUCAUUGUUAGGAGUACAUCUACAAUCAACAGCAUCGCCUACGUGCCCUUCAUGAGUGUGGACCUGAGGGAGCGCUUCGCCUUUCCUGUCCCUUUCUCGUGAGUUUAUAUCAGACUUUAACAAGUUUUUAAAUAUAUAAGGUUUUCACUGCUAACUACAAUAAUACAAAAACUGAGUCAAAGAUCUGAUUUAUAUUCCUACAUUCACAGUAGAUCUGCUCUCAUGUCUGUAAAAGUCGAUGAAAAUAUAAAAGUUUAUAAACGUCAGAAACUGUUGAUAUAAAAAAAAACAAUCACAGUUCCUGUUGAAGGACGAAGUCUUUGUUCACUCUGGGUUUAAUGUUGGUUUGGUGAGCGCAUGAACAAUGAAUACUUGAGGACAUUUUUACUCAGGGCGUGGCCGUCAGCUCACAUCUUAGAGAGGAAUUUAAUCUCAAAGGUCGAUGACAAAGAAAAGCUGCGAGAUGACUCAGCAAAAAAUAAAAACAGGAACCAGAAAAUAAAAGUGAAAUUAUUCCUACCUGUCUGCAACCAAAUAACUCCAACCCAGAACUUCAUUUUGUCCAGUUCAGAUUAUGUUCAUUACCGUCUGUCUGAACUUUGACCUGUGAUACUUUGGUUCUUCUUAUUUGGUAAACGCUGCAUCAGCUUAUUUCAGGUCAAAGGUUUUUAUAAAACCUUAUAUGUUGUCUUUUUAUUUUCAAGGAUAUCCGGAUGUUUCAGAGGAAGUAUGCUGAUGAAAACUGACCUCAAAGACAUACAGUAGAUGUGGAGAUUAAUGGUCUAAAUCAGUAAAAACCUUGUUUUUGUGUUUAUAGAGCAUCCAUCUUUAAAGCAGCAGACUGGAGCGACAGACAAACAGAAUAUUCGUCAGUCGAUCUGAAACUUUCAGAGGAUUAAACUCUUUUUUUUUUUUCUGCUCUCAGGGACAAAACAGGGAAACUUGCUCUGUCACCAAAACAGAAAGCCAUCUUCUCCCGCUGGGUCCGACCAGACGACAUCUGCAAUAACCCCACCAUGAUCAUGUCUGUGUCCAGCUUCAGCAUCAAACAGGUCCGAGUUCACCGGGGACUCUCCUUCAAACAGAGCAUAAAUCAGUGUCAGAGUGAGCCAGUAGAGGGCGCAGCACCACCACAGAAGUUUCCAGAUUUAACUCUAAACUUCAUUUAUUUCUGUGGAGUUUUUGUUUGUGUUUACUUUGAUUUGCAUCUUUAACGUGAAGAUUUCUCUCUUUCUUUAUCCAGACUGUGGUGUCCGACUGUUCGUUUGUGGCGUCACUCGCCAUCAGUGCAGCCUACGAGAGGCGCUACAACAAGAAACUCAUCACCAGGUACUCUCUGCUGUUUAUAUUUCAAAUGUGAUUAUCAACACGAGUUCAGAUCAACUACAGGAAACAUGAAAACCUCUGUCGAACAUCUGCUUUAUAUGCAGAUGUUUGAUCCAGACCUGUCAAAUGAAACCUGGAGACUCUAAUGAAGUCCACCUCUGUGUCCUUCUCUGUUUCAGCGUCAUCUUUCCUCAGAACAGACGAGGUGAACCCGAGUACAACCCCUGUGGGAAGUACAUGGUCAAACUUCAUAUUAACGGAGUUCCCAGGAAGGUGAGUCAGAUAUUAGAGGAGGCUCUGAUGAACUCACAAGAGAGAGGAAGCGGUCUGUUUUCACUUGAGGAGAUUGGACCAACCUUAAUGUGACCUGAAAUCCUUGAAUAUGAGAAUUGAUCUCUGAUAUUGAUCCUCCAUCUGCUUCUGUCCGUCCCUUCAGGUGAUCAUAGACGACUACCUGCCGGUGGAUCAUAACGGAGAGCUGCUGUGUUCGUACUCCAGCAACAGGAACGAGCUCUGGGUCUCCCUGAUCGAGAAGGCCUACAUGAAGGUGAUGGGGGGAUACGACUUCCCUGGAUCGAACUCGGUGAGUAAAGACUCGAGGACCUCCUCACUCUUGUUUGGAUGUGAUUAAAGUUUGAAGCCAGUGUGAACACAGACAUGAAAAUCUUUGUCAUUUAAAAUUGAAAAAGUUCAUUUUAAGCUCUUUUUAUUUAGUCAGUCAGUUAAGUGUCUUUUCCUGUUGAAGUUUUUUAAUCUAAACCAACUUUUGAACUUUCAGGCCUCGAAUAUUUUGGAAAUUGUUCAGAACCUGCAAAGUGAAAAUAUCGACUCACACUGAGAGUAAAAGUUCAGAGUUUGUUUAAAUCUGAGGAAGAGAAAUAAUAAUUUUUGGUUUUUGUUGCUGCUCCAGAAUAUUGAUCUGCACGCCCUCACCGGCUGGAUCCCUGAACGCAUCGCCAUGCACUCAGACAAUCAGUCGUUCAGCAAAGACGACACUUUCCGUAUGCUCUUCCAGAGGUGAGAGACGCUCUCUCGCUCUUUUAUACUUCCUGCCACCUCCUCUCUUUGUCAAUCCUACUCUUUCUAUUACCUUCUUCUUCAUCCAUCCAUCCCUCUCUCUCUCUCUGUUGCCAGGUUUCACAGGGGAGAUGUCCUCAUCACCACGGCAACAGGCGUAAUGACAGAGGAAGAAGGGGAGAGAUGGGGUCUAGUGCCAACACACGCCUACGCUGUUCUUGACAUCAGGGAAUACAAGGUUGGCAGGAGCGUUUCGUCAGAAUCUGACUUUUACAGAUUUUACAGAACUUUUAUGGUGCGAAUGUUCGUACGGGUCAGAGAGUGAGCCUGAUGGUGGAGAACUCAGCUUCCUCAUUAGUUUAAUUAUACGCAGUUUGAGUUGAAAUGUAAACAGUGACCUCGGCACGCCUUAGCCUGAGAGUGUGAGGACGUUCAUGUGGUUACGAGGACUCUAUAGAGGAGGAUGAAGAAGAUGAAGAUGAUGAUGAUGAUGAUGAUGAUGAUGUUUGUUUGAUAGUAAGAAAGUAAAAAGGAGGAUGAGCUCUUUUAAAAUGUAACUUAAGUCCAUUUGUUAGUGUGUUGUUCAUUUGAAACGCUGCUGCUUUAAAGCCUGUAAAAUUCUUUUAUUAGAUCUAUUGGAUUUAAGGUCUUAAAACUUCAUUAUAACAAUAUUUUAUUUUUAUCUUUAAAAGUCUUAUUGUUACUUAAAAUGCCUCAAAAAGUCUGAUGUUUACUUAAAAUGUUUUUUUAGACGUCAAUUUUUUAAAUUUAUUGUCUCAUUUAAUUUUAUUGUCUCUUCAAAAAUCUCACUCUGAAUUUCACUGAAACAUUUUCCCAAAAUUUUGAGUUUUUUGUUAGAAUUUCUCAUAAAACCGUUUUAAUUUUACGUAAAAUAACUUGGGUUGGUUUAGUGUGUCCCACCUAGGGGACAACAGUCCCUGCAGCAGUAGUGGGUUCAAGUCCGGGUCCGACCAUGUGCUGGAUGUCGUCCCCCCCCACUCUAUCUUCCCAUACUUCCACCCUGUCUGAUUAAUUAAAGGCAAAAAAAUAACUAAGAAAAUCUUAUUUUCACUUAAAAUGUCUUUAAAAUUCAUAUUUUCACUUAUAUUUCUCUUAAAAGCCUUAUUUAUUUUACUUAAAAAGUCUUUAGAAGUCAAAGUUUUUUUCAUUUAUUAUCUCAUUUAGUUUUAUUUUCUCUUCAAAUAUCUCAGAGUCUGAUUUUCAUUAAUAUCCUAAAAAGUCUUAGAAAUUCUUCCUGCUGGAUGAGCCGUAGAGAUUUUUCACAGAGUCGAUUAUUUAGUUCAAACUCUGGAGAAGUGAAAUUAUUAUUUUAUAGAAAUAAAAGAACUGACUGUCUGACAGUCCUUCGAUCUUCAGAGGCUCCAACACUCACUCACAUCUAUCAGAGGGUUUUCACUCAGCUCUUAAAGCUCCGACCCUUCAAAAUAAAAGCUGCUGCUGUAUUGUGACUGUUAUUGUGUGUGUGUUUUGUUGUGGUAGGGGAUGCGUUUCCUGCAGCUGAAGAACCCGUGGAGUCACCUGCGCUGGAAAGGCCGAUACAGCGAGCGAGACGAGAAGAACUGGACUCCUGAACUCCUCAAAUACCUCAACUUUGAUCCAAAGACAGCGCAGAAGUUUGAUAACGGUAACGACCUCCUCAGACUCACCUCAGAAUCUGUUUUACUGAGGCGGCGGGACGGAGAUUAAGUCACACAGAGUCUUGUUAGUCUUUCCCAGAACACCAGGUCUCAUUUUUGGUGUUUCGUAUCUUAGAAUAAAACAUUUUCCACUCGAUACACACGUCAGAAUCUCAUCCUAGUGUGUGUGUUUGUCUUCAGGUGUGUUCUGGAUCGCAUGGGAGGACCUUUGUCAGUACUAUGAUGUCAUCUACCUGAGCUGGAACCCCGCCCUCUUUAAGGACUCCUCCUGCAUCCACAGGUGAGUGUGAGUUUACUGACAGCUUUAGAUCCAGAGGAACAGGAGGUGAGUUUUACCUGAACUGAAGGUGAAAAUUUAAAAAAAAAUCAACAUUUUUAAGACAAAAAAUCUAUAAAACUAAAUGAAUAAAAACAACAGAAGUCCAGAAACGAGCUGAAGUUUUAGGGAAAGUGAAGAUGCAGGAUAGGAGCAGUGUCAGGAUUUCUUCUCAUGUGUUUGUGCUGUGGUGUGUUGGCGCUCUGCAGCAGCUGGGAUGGGAAACAGGGUCCAGUGAAGGACGUCUACAGCCUGGCCAACAACCCCCAGUACAAGCUGGAGGUCCAGUGUCCAGCAGGGGGCGCUGCAGUGUGGGUGCUGCUCACCAGACACAUCACUGAUAAGUAAGAAAACACACGAGCUUCGACCACGAUUCAGCAGAUCUUCGUUUUCUUCUAACCCUGGUUAUCUGUGUGUGUGUGUGUGUGUGUGUGUGUGUGUGUGUGUGUGUGUGUGUGUGUGUGUGUGUGUGUGUGUGUGUGUGUGUGUGUGUUCAGGAUGAUUUUGCACAGAACAGAGAGUUCAUCACUCUUGUUGUUUACAAGACUGACGGGAAGAAGGUUUAUUACCCAGGUGAGCUCUGACAGACGUCUGAAACAGUCACAUGAUGAAAUCUGAGAAACGUUAACGUGAACUCUGACCCUCAAACCUAAACUCCGCCCCCCCCUCCACAGCCGACCCCCCUCCUUACAUCGACGGCAUCCGCAUCAACAGCCCGCACUACCUGA